GUCCAUCUGAUUGGAGGCUUCCAGCUCCGAUAGCAGUCCAGAAUUAGGGUUAGGGUUAGGGUUUCGCUUCUCAUAGGAUGGCGGGGAGGAGCAGGCAAGAGCUGGGGGUGGACGGGCAGAGGCAUCUCGAGGAGACCAUCGCGGCGGCGUUCCAGAUCCUUUCAUCGAUGAACGACGAGCUCUGUAACCCUGCCCUCUGGUCGGCUACCCCUGCUUCGGCAGGGGCAUCCAGCGGUGACGUCUCCACUGACUCCUCUCAGCCCCUCGAGAUCGGUUCUGGUGGUGCGGCCGGAGGUGGUGCUGGCGGUGGCGGAGCUCUUGAAGAGGCCAGGCUUCGUUACAAGUCCGCUGUCUCUGCUUUGCGAGCCGUUAUCACUGCUAUUCCUACUUCCUCUCAGGAGGCUGGAGUUCUGGAAACAAAAUUGGACCAAGCUGAAACUGACAGAUUGGAAGCACGUCUAUCUGUUUUGAGAAAGAAGCUUUAAUGGUCUUCUCUUCUUUAUGUGAGUACUUAAGCCAUUGGCUUUUCCAUGGCACUUAUUGUUUUUUUUAAAUGUGACUGUAUCUUGUGUAGGACUGUCAUGAGUGUUUUUAUUAUUUCUUAAAGUUUCAUUUGUAUUUUCCUGUUUUUUAGAAGUAUUAAAUUGGUGUUUUUUUGUCAAACUUUUACUGAUUGAAAUGUUGGUGGGUGCAUAUUAGAAUGGAAUUUGCACUUAAAAAAAUUUGACAUGACUCUUUCCUUUCUAUUUUACAUUCUUCCAAUGACCUUGCAUACAAGAUUUUGAUGACAAAGAGUAAAAGAUAUAUAUAGAUAUUGUUGCAAUUGGUGUCAGAAGUCUGAAUAUCACAUUGUCCUUUUGUUGGAAGGCAAAAUGCUAAAGAGGAGACAUUUUUUUGUAAAUGAACCUAGGUCAAUAUAGUCAUCAGACUGUCUUUAUCCAAGAUAGCUUCAACUUAGUUUGUUUACGUGCAGGCUUAGUAUUAAAGACCAAGUUCUCCCUGUGCAAUAUUGAACCCAAUGGCUUUUGAUAUAGAUGUACUAUGCCGAAAAAUUCUAUUCUAUUUGUAACUUGAAAGGAUUGAUUGGAUGUCUUGAGACAUAGGCAUGUGCAAAUGCUUUCGUAAUUCUUGUCCCAUGCGAAAUUUAAGGUAUUUCUGAUUGAAAACAAGAUAGAGAAAUCUUUCAAGAUGGUCUGGGCAUAUUCACCUAUGAAACAUCAGUACUCAUAUGGUUGCGGGCUUUAAGUUGGUGUGGUCAAAUGCGAGAAGUAAAGAUCUGGAUGAAGAUAAAAAAAAAAUGACAUGAAUGUUAAGAAUGUAACAAAAGAGAGAGAUCUAAUUGAUAGGGCAAAGUGAAGAGGACGUCUCAUUUGAUAAACUCUUAUGUGUUGUUUAAUAGCUUAGAAUGGGCUGAAAUGGAAUUCUGGUUCUAGCUUUUGAAUUCCCAUGCCCUUGUUUUGGUUAUGCAUCAGUAACUGAGGAUCAACAUUGCAUAUUUUUUAUGAGAAUGUUGUUUCCCUGGAAAAUUGAGAAAAUCAAAUUUUGCACUUGCUUACAAAUUCCUUGGAAAUAGAUUACUAGCAUUACACUAGCAAGAUUUUAGGAAUUACUCCUAUAAUUUAUAGGCAUCAUACCUAAACUUGGUUUGCAUCUCAGAAAACCAGGAAAUGAAGAUAACUUUCCUGAAAAUAUUCAUUUGCUCCAUCUUUUCAUCAUUUGUGCUCUUUUUAUAGACUUGUAUUACAUGAACUAGAAAAAAAAAAAA